AUGGACCAUGAAAAGAAAUUAGAUAUGUUACCUUUUCAACAGUUUAAACAUAAUUCGAAUCAAAAUAAAAAAGUUGAAGAUCAUAAACACAAUUCGAAUCAAGAUAAAAAAGUUGAAGAUCAUAAAAACGAAAACAAACCACAAAGUAAAUAUAAAAAUCUAAAUGAAUUGACUCACUUAAUCAAAACCAAUUUAAAUAUUUCAAACUUAACACAAAAAUCAAAUGUUCGAAACAAAUCAUCAGAACAAGGAACUUCAAAAAAAACUCAUCAUAAAACAAAUUGGAAUGAUUUACCUAUAGAACUUCAAUUAAAGAUAUUGAAUUUUUUAAAUCAAUCUUAUCAAAUUGUGAUUGUUCCUAAAAAAUCUAAGGGAAAAGAUUCUAAAAAGACAACUGUAACUUAUUUUUCUACACGAGACACCAUCUUACCUAGAAGUCAUUUAUCUAGAUUGCUUUAUGUUAACAGAGCUUUUGCUGAUUUGAUCAGAGUGUUUGUUUGGCACUCUGUAAACUUGACUAUAGCGUCUGUUCCUCAACUGAAAAAGAUUGAAGAAUGUAUCUUAAAGUCUGAUCAAAUCGCAGCGAACAUUAAAGCCAUCACAUUUAAAUGGUAUCAACCACAAUACAAUAACAUUUGGGAGAAUUGGUUUGAAUCGCCUAUCUAUGAAAGUAAUUUAAAGAUCUUUAAAUCACUCAAAAAUUUAAUCUCAUUAGAAUUAAUUUUGAAUGAAGAUGCACCUUAUUAUUCAAACUUACCAAUCUCAAACCAAAUCAAAUCAAUCGGUAAUGAAAACUUAUCAGAUUUACUUAGAUUUAGAUUAGUAACUUGUUGGCUCGUAGGAUUAGAUGAUGAAGAAUUAAUGACGAAUUUAUUAAAGAACUCGACUGGUUUAAAAAGAUUUGAAUGUCAUUGUGGAGAAGAAGGGAUCAAGACAGCAAAUCUUAGAGUAGAUGAAUUAAGUGAGAAUUCAUCGAUCUCUUUAGCUGGUAAUAAUACCAAUGAAAGAUUUAAUGGGGCAUAUUCUUCUAGGUUUUCCAUUCAAGCUGCUCCAAUUUCAUCAAGAACUUCAGUGAUUAAAGAAAAACGAAAUCAAUUAGAGAUCAGAUUACCUAAAUUAUUAUCGAGUUUUCUUUCACUUGAAUAUUUAGCUAUUUCAACUGAAGCUUGUUUAGAUGAAGAUUGGAUUAAGACUGAUUGGAGUAAAACUCGAAUUCAAAAAUUAGUUUUAUCUGAUUUCAAAUCUGAAAGUUUUAAUGUAUCUUUAUCAUUUAUGAAAUGUUUAUCACAUACUGUAAAAGAGAUUGCAAUAGAUAAAAAAUAUGGACACAUCAGGAAAAUCCAAAAUGAUUCAAGUUCAAUACCCGAAAUACCAUUACAUCUACCUAAAUUGAAAACCCUUACGAUCCGACUCAAAUUACCACAAUACCUAGAAACAUUUAUCGAACACGAGUUUGAUUAUAUAAGUAUCUUUAGUCAUUCAUCCAAUCAAAUCGAAGAAUUGAAUCUAAUCAAAGAAUGUAGUAUGAAGAUAGAAGAAGAUAUCAUUCUUUUAGGUUUACAUCAAUCCUUACAACGAAUCUCAGGGAAUUGGAAAUCUUUAAAAUUAAUUAAGUUUGCAGUCAAAUGUCCAAAAAAAUAUUCUGAAUCGACUGAUCAUGAAGAUAAUCAAGAUGAAGAUCAAGAUGAUGACGAUAAUAAUUUUAGUGAUAGAUUCAAAAAUGAGAUUGUGAAUGUUUUGCAAAAUUUAAAACUUAGAGGGAUUCAUUUUGAGUUUCUAUUUUGA